GGCGGGGCGGCCCGGGCAGGGCCGGGAGCCGCCGGGAGCCGCCGGGAGCCGCCGGGAGGAGCCGCCCGCCAUGGAGCCCAACAGCCCCCGCAAGAUCCAGUUCACGGUGCCGCUGCUGGAGCCGCACCUCGACCCGGAGGCGGCCGAGCAGAUCCGACGACGCCGACCGACUCCGGCCAACCUGGUUCUAAGCAGCGACCAGUCGUCCCCAGAGAUCGAUGAGGACCGUCUCCCCAACCCCCUGCUGAAGUCGGGUCUGGCCAUGUCGCCCAGGCAGAGAAAGAAGGUCUCCCGCACCACCCCGACCAUGAAAGAGCUGCAGAUGAUGGUGGAGCAUCACCUGUGCAAGCAGGCGCAGGGCGAGGAGGAGGAGGAGGAGGCGGCCGCCGCGGGGAGCCAGGACCAGCGCAGCCCCGGCUGCUGCCGCCACGGUGACACAGAGCACAGCCACAGCCCCGGCGGCACCUGCUCCCUGGCCCACGCUCAGCCCGCGCGCGAGGGCGGCCCUGCACCCGGCGCCAAGGGGGAGGUGGCAGACCCCCGAGGGGACGGACGGCAAAGCCUGGCCGGCGAGGGCACCCAUAUAUCACCGAAGGAGGCUGUGGGCAAGGGCGCUGCCACCAGCCAGUAGGUGCCACCCAGCCGGGCAGGAGCAAGGCCGUGGCUGGGCCAAAGGAACCGAACCGCCGUAUUUUUUUUAAUGAUUGUUUUUUAAGAUUUUGACGGCUGUUUUGGGUGUUUGUGAUGAUUUUUUUUACUGCCGCAUACAGGCCUGGCUUCGGGAAUGAUGCCAGGCUGGGAAGCUGGGCUGCCCGUGCCGUCCCCUCGCCUGCCCCACCGACGGGCCACCCGUGGCCAGGGACACUGGGCAGCGCAGCCUCGAGCACGGCUCGCGCCGGCCUCCCCCCUCCACGCUUUGUCCCGCUCAGCCGAGCUCUGGGACUGUCCCCUUUCACUGCCAGCCCCGGGGUGUCCCCCGCGGGCCACCUCGAGGGCACCUCCCUGUCACUGCACCCCGGGCUCGGGGGGACGAGCCUGGCCAGGACACACAGCCCCCGAUGCUUCUGGGGCCCUUGAGCAGCGGCGUGCCCACGGGGACACGCAGGAGCUGAGCCCUGCAUGGCACGUGCACGUGUGUGCGGGUGUGCGUGCACGCGUGGGCUGGGCACGGGUGUGAGCGGGCACACACGGCAGUGCAUGCACGUUGGUGCGUGUGCAUGCAUACAUGAGUGAGAGCACACGUAUUUCGUGUACGAAUACGUGCGUACACAUACAUCUGUGCACGUCUGAGUGAGCGUGCACACACGUGUGCACGCAUAUGGGCGUGCGCACCCACACAAGCAUGCACACGUGCGUGAGUUCGCACGCACUUUGCACAUGUGAGUUUGCAUGCACGCACAUGUGAGGUUGCACACGCAGCUGGGUGUGCAUGCACCUGCGAGUGCACGCGCACAUGCGUCAGGCCCGCGCGUGCACGCCCACGCACACCCCGGGGCACGCGCGCAGCGCUUCCGCGCCCUGGGCACUCCGCACCCGCAGCGUUGGCUUCGCAGAGCACCCGUCGCGUGAACCUUUAUUAAACGGAUCCCCUUCUC